AUGGAAAAAAAUAGUACUAGUUUUUUUUUCCAUAUUCUCUUUUUUUCAUAUUCAAUCUCUUUUUUUUUCUCGUAUUUGUUCUCUCUUUUUUUCUCAUAUUCAUUCUUUCUUUCUUUUUUCUUAGUCCUCUUUCUUUCUUUUUUCUUAGUCCUCUUUCUUUCUUUUUUCCUAAUCGUUCUCUUUUUUUUUUCCGUGUCAAUAUCUCCCUUUCUUUUUUCUUUCCGUGUCGAUAUCUCUCUUUCUUUUUUCUUUCCGUGUCGAUAUCUUUCUUUCUUUUUUCUUUCCGUGUCGAUAUCUCUCUUUCUUUUUUUCUUUCCGUGUCGAUAUCUCUCCUUCUUUUUUUCUUUCCGUGUCGAUAUCUCUUUCUUUUUUUCUUUCCGUGUCAAUAUCUCUCUUUCUUUUUUUCUUUCCGUGUCAAUAUCUCUCUUUCUUUUUUUCUUUCCGUGUCAAUAUCUCUCUUUCUUUUUUUCUUUCCGUGUCAAUAUCUCUCUUUCUUUUUUUCUUUCCGUGUCAAUAUCUCUCUUUCUUUUUUUUCUUUUCCGUGUCAAUAUCUCUCUUUUCUUUUUUUUUUUCCGUGUCAAUAUCUCUCUUUCUUUUUUUUUUCCGUGUCAAUAUCUCUCUUUCUUUUUUUCUUUCCGUGUCAAUAUCUCUCUUUCUUUUUUUUCUUUCCGUGUCAAUAUCUCUUUUUUUCUUUCCGUGUCAAUAUCUCUCUUUCUUUUUUCUUUCUGUGUCGUUCUCUUUUUUACAUAUUCUCUUUUCAUAGUCUUUUCUCCUUUUCUUUCAUACACUGGCCCUUUUUUGUUUCCUUUGAUACUCUUUUCCCCAUCUUUAUUUGACUACUUUUUUCUUUUCUUUUCUUUUCUUUUACAGUUACAUAUUUAA